AUGAGUAUCGAUCAUAACUUUUCACGCGCUAAUGGUUUUCUUAAUAAUUAUUUGCCUUAUGAUAGUAAUGCAAAUGAAAUCUCUGAUGAUAAUCAAAAUAAAACUCUGGCUCCAGCUAUUAAUACCGGUAGAAGAAAUGGUUAUGAAGAACGUGGUGGUUCUACUGAAUAUGUAAAGGAAAGUGAAUCCAUGAGACCAAAUUUAUUCCCAGCAGGUAGGACGAAAAAUCCAAGUAGCCUAACAGACUCUUCAAAUUAUACCGGUGAGAGAUCUGAGAAGGAUUACGAUAACAUAGGGUCUGUAAAAUCUAGAUCAAAGAUAGAUUCACAAAGUGAUCUGAAACCAACUUCUCAAUCAUUGGAUGCAGAUAUAUCUAUGAGUGGAAUGCCAGCCGAUGAUACUGCAAUUGAUUCACAUAAUAUUGAAGAAUAUAAAGGGGAAACAGAAAAAAACUUAUAUUUUCAACCAUUUACAAUGCCAGACGAGUCUGCUUCCAGAGAUCUGGAUAAUGCUAGUCCAAGAACUGUUGCAUUGUGUAGUCGUUAUCCAUGUCAUUAUUGUUUCUUCGUUUACUUCCCUUCAUCAACCGUCGAUGAUGAUAUCAUACCGUUUCAAAGGAAAGCAUUUAUGGAUAAGGUUGCACUACUACAAAAUCCAGAGCACAUUAAAGAAGUCAAGGAAACUAAAUGUGCACGUGAUGCAUUUUCCGAUCGUCGUAUACGUUCGAUCGAAAGACAUUCUGGUACUCAAGUACAUCUAAGUGAACUGGAUCCAGGGGUAGCAUGCGUGAAAGGCUUACCACGUCGACGUUUAACAAUAGCCGGUCCAACAUUUGUUAAUAUUUGUUGCGCAUUAAAUUUACUUGAAGACUUAUUGCCAGGUGUCAUCAAAGGUGCUGUCUUUCCAUAUCGAUUACCAGAAGGUUCAUCUACUCGCUUUCAGGCUGGUUCACGUAUGAGUUCGGUUUAUCACUGGGAUUAUGGAAAAGCUGAUGGCUCAGUUCAUUUGAGAACACAACUUGAUGAUAAAGGUGGAUGGCAAAGUUUUUUGGCUCCAUGUAAAGGUAAUAAAGUUGGAAAAGCUUAA